AUGGCAUCCACGCCACUCCGUGAGAACGGCAUCUUCGGUGCCGCCAAGACCCCCAGCCGUGGCAAGGAGCGGCUCGACCGCUUCAUCCCCUCGCGCUGCAACCUGGACACAGACCACGCGCUGUUCCAGCUUGGCCAGGAGAACCAGGGCUCGCCUCGCCGUGGCGCCGAUGCCGCAGCCGACAAGAGCCCCGCCAAGGCCGAGUACCAGAAGCUCCUGGCCGCCAGCCUCAACGUCAACGAGCAGGCCCGUGUCCUCGCGUUCAAGCACAAGGCGCCGGCGCCGCCGGAGGGCCACGACAGCGGCCUCGCAUCGCUGUACUCGGCCAACCUGGGCCAGGCCCCGAGCCGCAAGCAGUUCCGCCACGUGCCGACGACGCAGGAGCGCAUCCUGGACGCCCCAGACCUGGUCGAUGACUACUACCUCAACCUGCUCGACUGGAGCAGCAACAACGUGAUUGCGGUGGCCCUUGGCGCGACAGUGUACCUCUGGAACGCCGGCACCGGCAGUGUCGAGGAGCUCUGCACCUGCAAGAACGAGGGCGACUACGUCUCCAGCAUCCAGUGGGCGACCGACAGCUCCCACCUGGCCAUCGGCACCUCGGACGCCAAGGUCCAGAUCUGGGACGCUGGCCGCGCCAAGCAGGUCCGCGAGCUGUGCGGCCACACCAACCGCGUCAGCUCCCUCGCCUGGAACGGCGCCGUGCUCUCCAGCGGCGGCCGCGACAGCGUCAUCUGCAACUGGGACGUGCGCAAGCGCAAGGACGAGGCCCUCGUCGCCACCCUGCGCGGCCACGACCAGGAGGUGUGCGGCCUCAAGUGGUCGCCCUCGGGCCAGCAGCUCGCCAGCGGCGGCAACGACAACAUGCUGUGCAUCUGGGACGCCAACUACCAGCUGCAGCACCGCAUCGCCGCCCACCAGGCCGCCGUCAAGGCGCUCGCGUGGUGCCCCUUCCAGAGCAACCUCCUCGCCAGCGGCGGCGGCACGGCCGACAGGCACAUCCGCUUCUGGAACACCCUGACGGGCGCCCAGCUCAACGCCAUUGACACGGGCUCUCAGGUGUGCGCGCUGCAGUGGAGCCGCCACGAGCGCGAGAUCCUGUCCAGCCACGGGUACUCCAAGAACCAGCUCAUCCUCUGGAAGUACCCCACCCUGGCCAAGGCCGGCGAGCUGCACGGCCACACCGCGCGCGUCCUGCACAUGGCCCAGUCGCCCGACGGCGCCUCGGUCGUCACGGCGGGCGCGGACGAGACGCUGCGCUUCUGGCGCGCCUUCGGCGAGCCUGCUACCGCGUCGUCCAAGGGCGAGCAGAAGGCCGCCACCGCCGCCGGCACCAGCGCGUCGAUGCUGCGCUCCGUCAGCCUCAGGUAG